AUGGGUAUCACUCGCGAUACGCUCCACAAACGUUCAGCUACAGGUGCCAAGCGCGCUCAAUUCCGUAAGAAGCGUGUCCACGAGCUCGGUCGUCAAGCAGCCAACACUCGUCUUGGCCAAAAGAGAGUUAGAGCAGUAAGAGUUCGUGGUGGUAACCUCAAGCACAGAGCUCUUAGAUUAGACUCUGGUAACUUUGCUUGGGGCUCUGAGCACUGCACCAGAAAGACUAGAUUGAUUGGUGUUGUCUACAACGCAUCAAACAACGAAUUGGUCAGAACUAACACUUUGGUUAAGGGCGCUAUCAUUCAAAUUGAUGCUCACCCAUUCAGACAAUGGUAUGAAUCUCACUACGGCCAGCCAGUCACCAAGAAGGGUCGCAAGGAAGCUGACCAGCAAGUCGAGAACGUAAAGAGAUCAAACUCCGUCUCCGCUAAGCAAGAUGAACGUAAGAAGUCCGGUAAGGUCGACCCUCUCCUCGAAUCUCAAUUCGCUGCUGGUCGUCUUUACGCUCUCAUCACUUCUAGACCUGGUCAAUCUGGUCGCUGUGACGGCUCUAUCCUCGAAGGCAAGGAACUCGAAUUCUACAUUCGUAAGCUCCGUGCCGGUAAGAAGGCUUAA